UGGCGAGGCCUGUUGAUAAUGUAUACGUGGUCCACAGGUAAGAUACCAUUAGGACAACUUGGAACAUAUGUGGUGACGUGAGUUGGGAAUCUCUCGGGCCUAACCAUACCUAUCGCUUCUCUAUAUAAGUCUCUGAAUUAGUUUCGUGUCGUCAAACAACCAUCCAAGUAUCUAAUUUCAAAACUACUAUUGGCAAUGGCUACUCAUUUUUGUGCAUGCCUGUGGUUAUCCUCCAUUGCAAUCCUCAACACCCUCUUCACCUUGGCUGAUCAGUCUGACAACUACAUCAUCCACAUGGACGUAUCAGCCAUGCCUAAAGCCUUCUCCACUCAACACAGCUGGUACUUGUCCACCCUUGCCUCCGCACUGAACAAUCCUCAGGCUACCACCAAUUUUAACUCUUCCUCUUCUAAACUUAUCUAUAGCUAUACCAACGUCAUGAAUGGUUUCAGUGCACACAUAACCGCUUCCGAGCUCGAAGCUCUUAAGAGCUCCCCGGGCUAUGUUUCAUCAUUUCAUGAUUUGCCUGUCAAACCCGACACAACCCACUCGCCCCAAUUCCUUGGUCUCAAUCCGAAAGUAGGAGCGUGGCCAGUCUCAAACUAUGGCAGUGACAUUAUCAUUGGAUUGGUGGACACUGGAAUUUGGCCAGAAAGCGAAAGCUUUCGAGACCAAGGGAUGCCUGACAUCCCUCAUCGAUGGAAAGGCCAAUGUGACUAUGGCACCCAAUUCAAUUCAUCAUUGUGCAACAAGAAACUCAUCGGAGCUCGAUUCUUCAACAAAGGGUUGCUCGCCGAGAAUCGAAACAUCACCAUAGCCGUGAACUCCACCCGUGACAUGGAAGGCCACGGGACACACACGUCAACCACCGCAGCAGGAAGUCAUGUUGAGGGUGCAUCUUUCUUUGGGUACGCCUCUGGAUCGGCAACGGGCAUGGCUCCAAAGGCUCGAGUGGCUAUGUACAAGGCUCUUUGGGAAUAUGGAGCCUACGCAUCUGAUGUAAUAGCUGCUAUUGAUAGUGCUAUAACAGAUGGUGUCGAUGUUAUUUCAUUAUCGUUGGGGUUUGAUGGAGUAGCUUUGUACGAAGACCCUAUUGCUAUAGCCACUUUUGCAGCUAUGGAGAGAGGCAUUUUCGUGUCCACGUCAGCAGGGAACCUGGGGCCAUCUCUUGAAACUUUGCACAACGGAACACCGUGGGUUAUAACUGUAGCUGCUGGUACCUUGGACCGUGAAUUUCACGGGACCCUAACACUCUGCAAUUAUAAUGGAGUUCAACUCCAUGGCUUGUCUCUCUAUCCAGGAAACUUCUCCAUAGGACACGACUUUCCAUUGGUCUUCAUGGGCAUGUGUGACGAUUUGAAGAAGUUGAAACGAGUCAGGAGCAAGAUUGUGGUGUGUGAAGAGAAGGACGGAACCCUCAGCGAUCAAGUGGAUAAUCUUGACAGGGCAAAAGUUCGGGGGGGCGUGUUCAUAUCAGAUAGCCCUGACAUUUCAUUUUAUUUUCAGACUAGGUUCCCAUCCAUCUUUAUAAAUCCAGAGAGAGGAGAAAUCAUCAAAGAUUACAUAAUGAAGAACUCAAAUCCAAAGGCGAGCAUGGCUUUCAAUAUGACCGUGUUGGGGACCAAACCAGCACCGAGUGUGGAUAGUUACAGUUCUAGAGGACCUUCACAAAGCUGCCCAUUUGUGUUAAAGCCUGAUGUUAUGGCUCCUGGAACAUUAAUCUUAGCUGCAUGGCCCCAUAAAGUUCCGGCAACAGCGUUGGAGUCCCAGAAUUUAUUCAGUAACUUCAAUUUGCUAUCCGGAACAUCCAUGGCUUGUCCUCACGUUGCCGGAGUAGCUGCUCUUUUGAAAGAAGCACACCCUGAUUGGAGUCCUGCCGCCAUUCGGUCUUCCAUAAUGACUACAUCCGACAUGCUCGACAACACCCUCGGACUCAUCAAAGACAUCGGCGAUGAUUACAGAGCGGCUUCUCCUUUGGCCUUGGGAACUGGUCAUAUUAAUCCUAAUAGAGCCCUUGACCCUGGACUCGUUUACGAUGCAGGAAUUGAAGACUACGUGAACCUUCUUUGCGCACUAAACUUCACCCAAAAGAACAUUUCCAUUAUCACUAGAUCCUCUGCCAAUAAUUGCUCCAAACCUUCCCUGGACCUUAAUUACCCCUCGUUCAUUGCUUUCUUUGAUAGGGGGAACGCCUCAUCUUCUUCUCGCGGGUCCAAAACGGUGAAAGAAUUUAAGAGAACAGUGACCAAUGUUGGAGAGGGACAAACAACGUACAAAGCAAGCAUCACACCAGUGAAAGGGUUUCAGGUCCACGUCAUCCCGGACAAGUUGGUGUUCAAGGAGAAGAAGGAGAAGCUGAGCUACAAGUUGAGAAUAGAAGGAGCAGAAAUGAUGGAGGAGAAUGUAUCAUUUGGGUGCCUUAUUUGGACGGAUCUGAAACACGUGGUCCGAAGUCCGAUCGUGGUCACCAGUCUUGUCCAAGUAGCUAAGUAGAGCUAAUUAAAAAUGCCUCUCCUAUUAAUCAAGUCAAAAGAAUAUGCAUUCGCUUCAUUAGUAUUGAUGAUUAUUAAUCACUAUUUAUUUAGCGAACAUGGUUAAUUAGGAUUUGUAAAGCAUAUGGCCUUGGAUGGCAUGGUGUACGUGAACGAAUUAAUUAUGGUGAACAAAGGGACAAUUCACAUUCAAUGAUAAGAAAGGACACUAGAGAAGGGAGGAACUGCAAUGGGCUGGAACUUUAUUGAUCCAUGUGCAGAAAGAAAGGAAUCCAAUUCGUUUUUUUGGGUUAAAGCAAGCAGAUUCACUCGUUCACAUGAUGUUCUGUGGGCCAGAUCGUUACUCUUUUUUCGGUUUUAGAUACCGUCGGCCCUGCCACAGUCCUGCCAUGGCAUACUGAUAUAGUGACUAGAAGGGGGAAUUUCAAUUUGGGCCCUCAGAAACAAAUUAAGGCCCAAGAAAUUCUGAAACCCUAAUGCAUGUCUAAGGGUCUGAAUUGUAAUUAAUUUUUUGGUCCAAUUAUCAAAAUACCAUUGCCUAUUCGUUUUUU